AUGUCACCUGCAACCAACUUACUGUGUGCCUCCAGUUCUAUUCUCAUUCGCUUUCUGUCUCACUUUGAGUCAAUACUCCUCCGGGCUCUUCUAUAUGAGUACCUGACUGCAACUUCGCAGGCUAGUGAAGGGACUCCACGCUCUCAGGCUGCCGCGCUAGUUUAUCGUAUAACACUGUGGCACAGCUUGCUUGGCUACACCGCAGGAGAUAUCUGUGACAGAGCUGCCACAACGUGUCCCCCUUCCGCUUCUACUUUCCCCUCUAUUCGCCCCUGGUCCUUGUCAUACUUGACUUCCACGCGUGGUUUGUCUGAUCUGCAAGAGUUGGCAAUUGAUGUUGGAGAUCUUGAGGUUCUAAAAGCCCACUUCACUCCGUAUCGCUCAAUUCCUCAAGAGCUUCUGCCUCGGGAGAUGAGGUAG